UCUGACAACAAUCCAACGGCCACGAUUUCGUUUUCUUUCACCUUUUUCUUUGGGGUUUCGUUUUGGGAAAACUGUUCUCAAGGAUUUAGGGUUUUUCUUGAUUCGUCACUCUCCUAGAUCCGCCACCAGAGCUAGGAGAAACAUUGCAUGCUUCUUUAACUCUGCAAUUUGACUUUAGUUAUGGCUUCUUCGUAUCAGGGUUCCGUUAGUGCUGCCCAGGUGGGUUCUUACUUCGUUGGACAGUACUAUCAAGUUCUUCGUCAACAGCCUGAUCUUGUUCAUCAGUUCUACUCCGAUUUAAGCUCAAUGAUUCGUGUUGAUGGCGAUUAUACCGAGAAUGCAUCUGAUGUGUUGCAAAUUCAUAAUGUCGUUACAUCGUUGAAUUUUUCGGCAAUUGAGAUCAAGACAAUCAAUUCUCUUGACUCUUGGAAUGGAGGAGUGGUUGUGAUGGUUUCGGGGGUUGUUAAGAUCAAGGAUAUCAAUAGGAGGCAGAGGUUUGUUCAAACGUUCUUCCUUGCACCUCAGGAGAAGGGUUACUUUGUGCUCAAUGAUAUAUUUCAGUUUGUUGAGGAUGAAGUAGUGCAUCAGAAUCUCAUACCGGUGACAUCGGAGAGGAUUGAAUCACAGCCACAUGUUUCUGCUUCUUACGCUGAACCGCCAGUUUCGGACUAUGGUUUUGAGGAAGAAGCCAGAGAAUAUAUGAACUCAGUUCAUAUAGAUGAUGAUCCAGUGGACAAGUAUAGUCUUCCUGAGCAGCAGCAGCAAUUACAAGAAGAUCUCGAGACUGAAGUUGUGGUGGAGGAAACACCUACACCAGAGGCAUAUCAACCAGUGCAUAAUGUUGCUCAUACUAUCCGUGAAACCCCUGUCGCUCUUGUGGAAGAGUCUUUUGAGGAGCCUGCUAAGAAGACUUAUGCAUCUAUUUUACGUGUCUCCAAAGGCCACUCAGUGUUGCCUGCUGCACCCGAACAUGCCACACAGCAUUCUUUUCAAAGUGCUCCUCCUUCAGAGUUUAAUCAUGUGACACAGCCUGCUGCUCAGCAGCCUGCUUAUCAGCACUCAAGCUCAGCAUCUGCCUAUGUUUCAGAGUCGGGGGCCGAUGCAGCAGUGGAAGGCUACAGAUUUGAUCAAGAAGAAGUAACAUCUGUCUAUGUGAGAAACCUGCCUGCUGAUAUUACCGAAGCUGAGAUUGACCAGGAAUUCAAGAAUUUCGGCAGAAUUAAGCCGGAUGGAAUAUUCGUAAGGGUUAAGCAGGAAAUUGGAGUUUGCUAUGCAUUUGUGGAAUUCGAAGAUGUUACUGGCGUUCAAAAUGCGCUUCAGGCUUCUCCAAUACAUAUGGAUGGAAGACCAAUAUACAUUGAGGAGCGUAGACCAAGCACUAGCAGUGCAACUCGAGGAGGAAGAGGAAGGGGAAGAGGUAGAGGCAGUUAUCCAACAGAUGCUCCAAGAGGGCGUUUUGGUGGUAGGAGCUCGGGAAGGGGAUAUUAUCAGGAUACUUCAGACUAUACCAGACCCAGAGGCGACAGUUAUGUUCAGUAUGGUUCACGAUAGGAAGAUGUCGUGAAAGCGUGGUUGAAUAUGUAAUUCGAGGGGCUUAUACAAUUAGUGAAAUCUGAGUUUGAUUCGGUAUCUAGUGCACAACAUUUUCCUUGUAUGGUUUCAUGAAAAGGAUUCUUACAUUUUGAGUGUCUUUAAAAGCUGUUGAGACUUAAUAGUUUGUUUUGCGAGUAUAGAUCAGUUAGUUCCCUUUGAAUGGUUUUUAUGAUGCCGUUCAGGUGGGAAGUUUUGUUAUUUA